CCGUACUUUAUGGACCGACUUCUCCAACAAAGCAUUUCAGCACUCAUUUCAACGCUAACAGCGAUUUGAGCGAUAAGUUUGACCACAAAUUAUCUCAUCCGCAGCCAAACUAACGGAUCCCAUAAGCAAUGGUGGCGUCAAAUGGUGUGUCGUUCGUACUGUCGCUGACUCUGUCCACAGUCUUGACGGCUGGCAUUCAGAUGUAUCGCUCGGCUCUGUCCUCAUCGCAACCCAUGACCAUCUUUGCCGGCUAUUUGGCGUCCGUUCUCUUCCUCCUCGUCCUCACAGCCAUCAGUAAUCUGGAGAUGAGUUUAUUCGGCAAACACUUCCAGAGCAAACUCACUGAAGUGAUCGUAAGUCUAGUGAUAGCGCUGUUUGUGGCCGCAGGUGUCCAUCGGGUGUCCAUCACUGUGUGUCUCAUCUUCUCGUUGAUUGGCUUGUAUUACGUGAAUCGGAUCAGCGCUCGCGUCCAUCAAAGCAAUACUAUUAAUCCCAUUGUAGCCAAUAAUCCCACGACGAAGAAGAGGAAGUGAAUCACUGCCCGAACCCUUUCAGUGACAAUGAAAUGCAUUAUUUUAUUUUUUUAAUUAAACCAUAAUUUAUCCCAACUAUUGGUUGAGUUUUUUUUAAUUAUAUUUGAUUGAUUUGUUCAUUGAUUGCACAUUUCUUG